UGUUUGCACAGACACCACACAGGUUUGUGUGUAGCCCUAAACACUUAAACAGCUGCAGUAGCUAGUUGAGUUAGGUGUCCAUAACGAGUGUUGAUUUCAGUAGAGUGGUCAUCAACAGUUGACUAUCUAAAACAUGAUCAUCCCUUCCAUGGUUCAUUGAAUCUGAUCCAAAGUUAUAACCAGCCAACAAGAGUACUAGUUUUCACAAUGUUCAUCCAAGGACACCGUUGAUUCUUCACUACAGUGACAAACCAUCGAGGCGUGGCACACAGCUGCACAGCAGCGAUCCCCCGUUUCUUCCUGACUGAAUUGAAGAAGGAAAAAAAAAACGCCACUAAACCAAACCCGGAAGAGGAUGUUAUGACCAUUACGUAGUACAAUAGUCGUCUGAAAGAAGGAAUGCCAACGCUACUGGGUCACCACCAUUAGGAAUAAAUAGAUAACCACCUACUAACCGGAGGCUGAAGAAGUGGUCGCUAUUUGGUUUGGUGAUGUACUUUAUUGAUUUUGGAUCAGACGGUGACACUAUUUAUUUUGUGUAGAGGUAGGAUAUCUGCGAUUUAAACAUCCGUUUGAAAAAACCGCUGUGACAGUUUGUGUUCUACACUAAAUAGCAUAGAGCAUAUUGAUUUUGGUUUCGGUGUAUAUUAUCCAUGCAUGGUUUGUAUUCAUAUGCCACAUCAUAUUAGAGCUAAACUGACACCAGGUUUUACAAAAGCUUGCAUUAUCUUGAUCAGCCCAUGAUCAGCCACAUUCCUGUUGGGAUCAACGUACUUGUAAUCUUCACCGGCGAAGUGGUAGUGCAGCGUGUAGCAACGCAUUCACUCGGGGGCUAAACCGCCCAUACACCCCCACCGGGACCUUAACAACACACGUCACCCAACUUUAGUGUCGUCGGACUUUUACCAUCAUGAGAACUCGGCUAAGAAAUUCGAUGGGAUCGCAUGGUGGAUCACUGUUCCGGCUACUAGCCAUUGUAGUGGCUGUCUUAUUGUGUUAUUGUGUGGGUCUUGUAGCUGCUUGUAAUAUAGACGAUAAGACGGAAGACCUGAUUACUUUCACAAGAGAUCCAGGUAGCUACUUUGGUUACACUACGGUGCAGCAUAGAAACACACGGGACAGCACGCCAUGGAUUUUAAUCGGAGCCCCCAGAGGCAGAAGUACACAUCAGCCUUCGUUGGAACGCCCAGGUGCCCUCUACAAAUGCCAACCUCAGCCAUCUUACAAUUGUUUUGAGAUACCCCUGGACUCUGAGGGAAAUGAGGAUUUGCCUGGCGAGAAAAUCGUUGAUAUUAAAGACAAUCAAUGGCUAGGCGUAACCCUGACUAGACAAACCAACAGGGAAAAGAAUGGUGACUUCACGGUGUGCGGUCAUCUGUGGUCCAAUGAUUACUACAUCAACGAGUAUCCCACGUCAGAGAACGAGGGAGUUGACCGAUUCCCGAAUGGGAUAUGCUACGUGGCUAACGCCAACUUCGAACAAGUCAAGAAACUACGACCCUGCGUUGAUGAGAUACAAACUUUAGUGAAUGGGACGUACAGAUACCAGGGAAGCUGCCAGGCGGGUAUCAGCGCCGCCUACACCAAGGGUGGAGACCUUAUGCUAGGGGCUGUCGGCUCGUAUGAAUGGAACGGUACCACAAUAAAUGCCGACAAGGACGGGAACACAUAUCGGUACAACUUCGGGAAUCUCACGGACUGGAACAUGAAGGGUGAAAAACACCAAACAGAAUACAUAGGUUACUCGGUGUCAUCUGGAAACUUCAGAUCGGUCGACACGGAGCAGGGCGUCACGGGGGCGCCAAGGUCAGAUUCAGUUGGGAAGGUUUUUAUUUAUGAUCUGGAGACGUUUGAGAUGUAUACUCAGCUCAGGGGAGAGCAGAUGGGCUCCUACUACGGUGGUGCCGUUUUAGGGGUAGACUUCAACAAUGAUGGAUUGUCGGAUCUUCUUGUGGGGGCGCCCUUGUAUACCGUCAAACAAGACGAGGGGCUUGUCUACGUCUACAUAAACAAAGGAGCGGGAAGGAUGGAACUCCAGGAUUUUAAGCUGGAUGGCACCAGGGCCAUCGGAGGUCGCUUCGGCUCAGCAAUAGCAUUCAUUGGAGACAUUAAUCUCGAUGGUUUUUAUGAUGUCGCUAUUGGGGCACCGUACGAAGACGAAAAUACCGGCGCAGUGUACAUCUAUCGAGGCUACGUUGGAGGGAUCCGAAGAAAAUAUUCACAGAGAAUCGCCGCAAGAGAGGUCCUACCUGGCCUUCUAAGUUUCGGCAGUUCUAUUUCCGGAGGGAUGGAUAUCGACUUUAAUUUCUAUCCGGAUCUUGUUGUGGGUGCCUAUGAAAAUGACACAGUCGUAUUGUUCAAGACCCUUCCGGUCAUCAGGCUUAGAGUUUGGAUCGAAGUUGAACCAUCGACCCUUGACCCUGAGUUCCACAACUGCAGAAUAGGGGGUCGAUCGAUCACGUGUCUAGAUGUUCAAGUCUGUUUUGACUACACCGAUGAACAUGGUUUGCCGGAUGACGUCAAAUUUGAUUAUAAUCUUGAGGUGGAUACCCUGAAGUCUGAUAUUGGAGCCGCGUCCAGGUUCUUCUUUUUGACGGACGAAGGGAGCGAAUCAACAGCCAAAGCAGAGACAGUUGAGCUCAUCAAAGACGUAAUUUCUUGUUACUCAACAAAAGCGUACUUAAGGGGCGAAGCUGGUGAUUUCCUGACUCCGCUCAAGUUUCUUCUGAACUAUAACAUCUUCGACUACCCAGUGGAAGGUCCACGGCGCGGCGAUGAAGUGACCUACAAGUUCAACGGUGGUCUAGCACCUGUUAUUGACGAUAGCGCCUGCUCAAACGGAACUGUUGAAAAAUUGGUGUUGUUCGUACGUGAUUGCGGGAGUGACUCCAUUUGCCAAACUAACAUUAAGGUCGUGGCCGACCUCGAGGCACAAAGCGGUAACCCGUACAUCACUCUGGGUGGUGACAGCGUGGUGUACCUGUUGGUGGAAGUCCACAACCAGGGGGAGGAAGCACACAACUCGGAAUUGCUCAUCACCCAUCCAAGAGAAGUGGUUUACGAGUCAUUGGAAAUUACAACAGUCGAGUGUAUCCAGUCUAGUACCUGUACUCCUGACAAUAUGAUAACCUGUGCACCAAGAGAGGCAUACAACGAGACAGCGGAAGUGCUUUGCUCUGUGGGUAAUCCUAUGAGAUCUAACACGGUGAGUAUUCUGCGCAUGCGGUUUGACGUCGGUGGAGUAGACUUGGGGCGAAAAGUGGUGGAUUUCUCUAUGACAGCCUCGACCAUCAGCGUCGAAGAGGGCGCUGACAGUCUACGUGACAACACCGCGACAGUGGAACUGCCUGUCCUAAUCGUCGCUGAUAUAGCCGUGAGAGGAGUGGUGCAACCAGAGCAAAUCUUUUAUUCCCCGGACGACGAGACAAUAGACGGCAAGGCACCAGACAAGGAGGCCCUCUUGCGGCAAGCCCUCGUAGGAGCGGGUUUCUUAGACGGCGACGGCAAGUCAAACAUGAAAGGAAUCGGACCCACUUUUACACACAUAUACGAGGUUGGUAACCAAGGGCCUGGCCGUCUACCGUUUGAUGGGAAGGUUACCAUUCAGUUACCAUGGAGAGCAAACAACGGUGAUUGGUUGAUUUACAUCAAGAGCAUUCAGAUGAACGGUGGAGGCAAGUGUGAUGGUGCGUCAGUACUAGAACAGCAGAGAUUUGAAAUAAUGGACCAUUAUUUAGAUUCAGCCGGCAUGCUGGCUUAUUCAAACGAUGGACUAGCUUCGGAUGAUUCUUCAAAUCGAGAUAUUGGUUGUGACAGAGCUCAGUGCGUCACCGUUAGGUGUACAGUCGAUGGCCCUUUGAACAGCGGGACCGGGGUUGUUGUCACCAUGGAUGCGUUGCUGUGGCAACGUACACUAGUUGAUAAUGAGAUGGGAAUCGUGGAUCUGAUUUCGACGGCAACGUUUGGACUACAGGAUACCAGCCGACCCCACACGCAACCUGAUGAUGGUGUGCCGGACUCCAUUGAGUUGAAGACAACGAUUUUUACCGAGGAAUUACCAAAUAAGCCGGUGGAGCCUUGGGUCAUUGCCGUCAGUACCAUCGGAGGCAUACUGGGGUUGGUGAUCCUAGUUGCAGCUCUAUGGAAGCUUGGUUUCUUCAAGAGAAAGACGUUGGAUGAUAUGACCCCACCGACUGCCCUUUGAGAUGGUAGGUUCAGUUUGGACACAAGAAAUCUUCGAACUCUUUUGAAACAUCGCAUCGAGGUUUAGCGUUCGAAACUCCAAUCCACUGCACCACGUGCAAAAAGCUCCAACUCGCAGUUACAGCGUGCAAUGUGUCAACCGGGUGCGUCCAGCUGCAAAAGAAUAGUUUCGUCUUGCUCCUAGUACCCUCUUUCUUAUGAUCCCAUUGUGCAAUCAUGGACUUCUCGUGUACAUACGAAAAAGGGGCCAGUCUAAUUUUCCUUACAGCCUCGGUUCGGUUAUUAGAGACAGUUGAUCAAUAAGAAUAAACACCAAGCUGUUAAACGUUUACUCUUCUUCCUUUUGUUCACUUUUAUUUAUGUUUUCCAACUUAGUCCCUAGACCCCUGCAUCGACCGCCAAAUAUGAAGUUCAUUAAGAGAAACGUCCAUCAUGCAUGUACAAAUCUCAGCCAGUAGCAGUCUUCCUUUUAUAGACCCAACUGAGGGCGCUGUUUCGGCUUUUGACGUCAUAGCAAUGAUGUGUAAUACUUUGAAUUGUUAUUGGCUGAUUAUACGAAUGACGACACAAUUAUGUAAAUACUUGCCAAAUUAUAUAUUUUGCUGCAUUUAAUCGGUUAGAUAGAAGCUACUGGUUCCCAAGUAUGGACAUGACAGUAGAGUUAUACCAGGACUAACACAUUACUGGGCUGUACAAAUACUAUUGUCUUUGUAUACUGCUAGUUAUUGUUUUGUAUGCGUAUAUAAUGCAUUAAAUGCUGUGUAAGUUGCGUGAGAUUUGAAAAAUAGAAGUGGGGG